AUGCCACUCCUUCUUCGCCUGACUAUGACACUUUAUGAAAGAUAUGUGCUCGAUAACGCCAAAGUCCCGGCGAUGAUUGUACGUCGUCGCUCGGCCGACGAUGUCGCCGCUUUGGUUACUAUUCUGAAAGCGAAUGACCUCCCCUUCUCAAUUCAUGUUGGUGGCCAUAACAUGUUUGGUUGGUCGCAGAUCCAUGAUGCGAUUAACAUAGAUCCGCGCGAGAUCGCCUACGUUCAUGUGAGUCCUGAAACUGACACCGCACGACUUGGUGGUAGAGUGCGCUAG